CCGGCAGCGGGGCCGAAGUCCGCAGGCUCCGGUGGCUCUGGCUGGGGAUGCAGCUCCCGGCUGUGCCGGGCGCGCUCGCCCCCUCCCUGCUCGCCAUCCCCGUGGCCUUCGGCAUCAACGGCGCGACCGCCUUAGCAGACAGCCCGCUGGCGCUGAUGCUGACGGUUGUCCUGGUGUUCGCCGGCCUCUUCUACAUCAUCUUCUUCGUAAGCGGAGUGAGCCACUUCCAGGACCCCCUUUUCUGCGUGUUUGUGGUGUUCUCCUUCACCUCCAUCGUCGACUUGAUCAUCUCGCUGGAGGAAGAUGGCUACAUUUCUGGCUUCAUGGAGGUCUACGUCAGAGAGGGCGAGCCCUACCUGCGCACGGCGCACGGCAUCAUGAUCUGUUAUUGGGACGGCAUCAUCCACUAUGGGCUCUACCUCGCCAUGAUUGCGGCCAUCAGCCAGAGAAAGAGCUACAGGAACCUGGGUCUCUUCUGGCUGGGCUCUCUGAUGAUGAGCAUCGUCGUCUUCCUGCUUGGGAACCUGAUAGGGAAAUACAGCUCUGACCUCAGCCCUGCCUUCCUGCUCAACCUGCCCUACGUCCUCAUCCCCAUCUGGGCUGGGGUGAAGCUCUUCCAGCAGCCCAAGGCUCUGCCAUGCCACAGCCCCGAGAAGGUUGCAGAGGAGCAACGCAAGCGCCUGUACCAGCGGCCGCAGGACAUGGGGCUGGUCCUGCUCCUGCUCCUCACCGCCGCGUUCACCUUCUUCAGGGGGAUGGUGGUUUUGGACUGUCCUGCCGAUUCAUGCUUUGAGUACAUCUAUCAGCACGAGCCGUACCUGCGUGACCCAGUCGCCUACCCCAAAGUGCAGAUGCUGAUCUACAUGUUCUACGUCCUCCCCUUCUUCUGCCUCUGCAUCUACGGGCUGGUGCUGCCCGGCUGCUCCUGGCUGCCCGACUGGAGCCUGGUGUUUGCCGGUGCCGUCGCGCAGGCUCAGUUCUCCCACCUGGGCUCCUCGCUGCACGCCCGCACGCCCUUCCCCUACCAGACCCCCGAAGAUGUCUGGUGGAGCUUCCUCAUCACCAACGUCCUCUACGCGCUGGGCCCCCAGCUCCUCGCCUACCGCUGCCUGCGCUGCCCUGCCUUCUUCCUGCCUGCCACUCCUGCCAGCCUGCACGUGGGCAAGAAGCACCAGUGACGUGUCCUGCCCACCCCGGGGGGCUGCUGCCCAUGUCCCCUCUCCUUGCUGCAGGAGCAGCCGGAGCAGCCUGCGGUGGGACCUGGCUGGCAGAGAUGUCCCCAGGGAUGCUUUGGUCCCCCCCCGUGUCCCCUAAUGCUGCUGGGGUCACUGAGGGGACCCCGGGGUGCUCUGUGGGGGCAUCACUGCAGCCACAGCCCUGCCCUUGCCUGGGCUCGGGGGGGUCUCGCUGGCGGGGGGCUGUGGGAGCCGGGCUCUCCUCCCGGCAGGUCCCAAGGGUCCGUGGGGGCCCUGUCCCACCCCGGUGCUCCCGGCCAGGCCCGAAGGAUGCAGAAGCGGGGACUGUGCCGGGAAACCACUGUUUACAAAAUAAAGGAGCGAGGGUAC